GAUAUCUGUGUCUAUACAACUAAAAAAAGUAUAAAAAUAUCUUUAUGACAUAAGUUUAUUUGAACAAAUAUUCCUCUCAUAUGCUAUAACGCUUUUUAAAAUAUCCUUUCUCUUCUGCUCGGCGGCCCAAAUACUUCUCAUCCCCACUCCCCAGCGUCCUCUGCUCUGCCGCCGCACCCAACUAAAGCGCAGUGCGUGGCCAGUAGUGUGGACGUGCGGUGGCUUCACGCUCGCACCGCUCGCCAGCCCGGACCCUAAUCCAGCGUGCUUGGCGCGAGCACGGAAGGAAUCCCCGUAGCGAGGAAGGAAUCACCGGCAGCGGGUGGAAAGCUUCACGGGGCCCAAGCAGGGGCUGCAGGAGGCCGCGACCGGGCUGUUUCGGCUCAUGCCUGGAUCUGGGGGAGAGGGACGCGCGGAGCCGCGCCGCGCCGGAUCCCGUUCGUCGGCGCCCGGAUGGUGAUCAGCGGUUCCAGGGUUUACAAGUAACGUUUGCACAACAAUAGUGAACUAGGUACACACUACAAGAUGACAACUGAGGUCAAUCAAAACUUUUUUGCAUGGUCACAGGAGGAAACUUCGGUGCAAGAUCUUUCACAGGGAACAUCACAAAUGUUUGGUCAUGGUUCCAUAUCUUUUGGAAGAUUUGACUUGGAAUCAUUAGAAUGGGAGAAAUGGUCUGUAUUUACCAAUGACAGGCGUCAUGAAGAGUUUGGAAAGUUCAAUGGAUUAGUUGCGAAGAAGAAGGCAUACUUUGAAGAAUACUUUAAGAGGAUUAGGGAGCUUAAGGCUUUACAGCAACAGGACCAGCAAACUGAACUUCAUCUGGAGUACUGUGGUGAUGGCAGCGAUUCUAGUCAAACAGGAGAAUAUGAACCAGCUGCAGCCCAUGGAGCUCCUACUGAAUCUGAAACACUUGUUGAAGAUUCCACAAAGCAGACAGCAGCUGCAACCACGUUUGAACAUGGAACGGAAUGCUACGGUUAUCAUGAGAAUGGGAGUUUAGUUAAUGAAAUUUCUGCACCAACCCAUUUUUCACCUGUUGGUGAUUUGCAGCAUAUAGGCAAACAAAUGAAAGGAAGUGUUAGUGGCAAAAUGGAUAUAUUGAAGCAAGAUGCUAAUUCCAGCCAAGAUGUUCCUAUGAUCCAUGAGAUUAUGAUCACUCCUAACAAACGAGCAAUUGAGAAAGACUCUCGGGUUGGUCAGGCUUCAAAAACAAUUUCGAAGACUGUCAAGGUGACUUCUAGUAAUGUUUCUGAUCACACAUACGUUUCCAAGGGACCCUGUUCAGGCGAGCCUAGUGUGAUAAACCAGAUGGCGAAACCAGAAAAUAUCCUGUCAUUGCGGAGGCCAAGAGAAGCAACCAGUGAUUUAGUUGGCACCACAGCAAGAAGUGGUAUUACAGGUGUAAGAAGACCUUCAGCAGCAUUACAACGGCCCUCUACCAAAGAACGGCGACCUGUCACAAAAGAUGCUUCAAGGAAGCAUGCUGAAGUUACCACCCCAUGCCGUCCAUCUACUUCUGAAAGACGCACGGUGACCGGAGAGUCGGCACUAAAGCCUGAAAACAAUGCUAUUCCAUGUCGACCUGUUACCGCUCACAGACGCCCUAUCACCAAAGAAUCAGCAACAAGGCAAUGCAGCAUUGCUACACCACGCCGGCCUUCUACUGCUGACAGGCGCCCUGCCACCAAAGAUCUAACACCAAAGCUAUCCAACAUUGCUGCCCCACAUCGACCUUCUACUGCUCACAGGCGCCCUAUAUCCAAAGAGUCGGCACCAAAGCAUUUCAAUGUUGCUAGCCCACAUAGACCUUCUACUGUUGAAAGGCACACUAGUGGCAGAGAUAUGACAUCGAAGUAUGUUGGUAUUGCUACCUCAUAUCUGCCAUCUGCUGUCAAACAGCGCCCUAUCACUGGAGAGGGUGCACAUAAGCAUGCUGAUGUUGUCACCCUGAGCUGUUCUACUGCUGAUAGGCGCCCCAUUAGAGACGUUGCACCAAAGUAUGCCACUUUAGCUCUGCCAAGGAGACCGUCUACUGCCGAGAGGCACCCCAUUGCUAGAGAUAUUGCACCAAAGAAUGGUUUAUCACUCAGACCUUCUACUGCAGAGAGGCGAACCAUUGCUAGAAAUGUUGAACCAAAGCAUGCACCGGCACAGAGGCCUUCUACUGCUGAGAGACGUCCUGUUACCAGAGAGACUGUACUGAAGCAAGCUAAUGUUGCCAACUCAUGUUUACCUUUGACGCCAGAUAGACGCCUCACCAAAAAAGGUGACAUUUCCACCCUUGAGUGCCCUUCUACAGGAGGAAGGUGCCCUAUCACCAGUGGUACUGCACUCUGGUCAAGAACAAUGCCGUACUAUUCAAAGGGUGCUUUGGUCACAGAAGUUACUCCCCAGAAGACAAUAACUCCCAGGGUUGUUAGAAACAGCAAGCUAGAAAACCUAAGGUGCUAUGCAAAAGAAAGGGUGGAACUUCAAGUGGAUAGAAAGCAAAAGUCAAGUCUUUUUAACCUGUCCUCGAAGAAAACAUUGACUUCCAACGUUAGAGAUGACCAAGGUCUUGAAAUGUUCAAAAAGCCAAACAAGGAGGGGGGAGUUCGGGCUCAUGCAUACAAAUCAAAUAAUGCAACUACUUCAUGGACCGGAAAUGUAAAGACAAAGGCUCCUGUGCCUCCGCCUCUGCCACCGCGCCGACCGUACUGCACUGAGAAGAAACCGAAUGUCAACAGUUCACCUGUUGGUGGAAGAAAGACAAAGGCCUCAGCUCCACACUGGCACUGACCCCAUUAUCUAGGAUCCUGCAGCAUAACUCUGAAGCCGUGAAGGUAAAAGCUAUGCGUCUGACGUGACCUAGAAGGCUGCAUCCAUCAAGCAACGAUUGAUGUUAUCUAUUGUAGCUUACCAGCAGUCUUGUGACUUGUCACCUGUGUUAGAAUAACCGUAGUAGUUAGUGUAUGUAGCAACGCGUAGCAUAUAUAUAUAUAUAUAUCCACUAAUGUCUAAUUGAACCGUAGUAGAACUGCCCUGGAUUUAACUAGAACAUUGUAUAUACCUGGAAUAAUUGGAGCUUGAGUAUCGAACCAGGAGUUAUCCGCACGGUUUUGCAGGUCACAUCACAUGCUGCUUUGAACCGUUGAGAGAUGUUCAUCUGUUUGCUGUC